UUGAAGGAUCAAGCCAAUGAUGAAUUUUCCAAGGAUGCGUUACAUUAUGUUGAAAUACCAAGGACAAUACAAACCCAAGAAGAGUUGGAUCAGAAGACAAAUGAUCAGCUGAUGUCUCUAUGCCUGCUCACUUUGACCAAUAUUUUAUCCACCGAAUUCCAUUAUGCUGAACAGCUGAGAAAGUUAUACCAUUGCAGAAACUACUUCGCUAACCAACUUGAGGAGGAUGAUUGUUUGUUCAAUAAAGCCGAGCAAGAUGCCUUGUUCUACCGACUCGAUGACAUCGUAUUAUCAGUAGAGUUUUACCAUAUGAAUUUAUCGCGGCUUCUGAAAAAGUGGUCCCUCAACACCAGGCUCUCCUUGGCUUUUGAGGAUACCCUUAAUUCUUUACCAUUGUUCCACGACUGUGCCGACCAUUUCAAGGAAGCCGAAAAAAUAAUUUUGGCAAAGGGGGGUGCCGACGUAGUUAACGAUCUUAUCCGAGAGGAAAUACCAUUUCUUGACAUUCCAUUUUCAGAUUUAAUUCAAUUUCCUAUAACCAUGAGAAGUAGAAUUAUUUACGGCCUAAAGCAAAUGGCUAAGUACAUUCCUCCGGAUAAACGAGACUACAUGGAAAUGAGGCUGGCUGUGCAAUCUGCAAUGGCAAUUGAUGGUGUUCGUCAACCACGUGGUGAUGUGAUUGGUCAUCCACUUAAGUCCGGAUACGCCGUCCAAGUAGUCAAUAGGACACGCUACCUCCGAUACUUGUUUCUUUUCCCUAACAAUCUUAUCAUUACUUCAAUGACGAAGAAGGGAUCGCAGGGUGUCUUUUUCGAAAGUAUUGAUGUUAUACGUCUCGGCAAAUAUAUGACCAAUGUAGUGAAAAGUGUGAACAAGAGUGACCAGAUGUGGCCUGAGGUACAGAGGAAUCUCCAAUCGUGGAAGACGUAUAAACAUAGAUUAAGAACGGUUGUGGAAAAGCGCGAAAGCACAUUUACCCCGUGGUAUCUGAUGAAAGUCAAGCUGCUCGAACGCCUUAUCUCUAAAAAGGAAUUAAUGUUGAUGCUUCUGCUGCCAACUCUCCGCCUCUCUGUCCAAGACGUGAUCAAUCAUAAUGUUUAUCACUUUAUUUUUUCAUCCCAUUUCGAGUUGGAAUCAUGGAAAGAUCUAAUCGAAGAUAAUAACUACCCUUAUAAUGAACUCUCUGUAUUACUGGAUUAUGUCAAAAACUUCUGUCAGAUUCCGCAAAUGACUUUACAGAAAUACAUGUCGAACCCGUUCAGCUAUUUAAACGGAAUACUGGAAGUACAUAUUCAUCAAGUCAGAGAUUUAGAUACGGAUAUAGAAGCCUUCCUCACAUUGCAAGUGGACAGUUUCGGCGGUUAUUUCAAUAGAAUAUACACCACAAAUAUAUCAGAAUGCACCAAUUGUCCCAUCUUCGAUGAGAGAUUUGAUAUUCCACUGAGCUGUUCACAGCAUCUGAAAAUCUGCUUCUAUAAAAAGGAGCCAAUGGCAAUGGAGUUCGAACUAUUUUCUACUGGAAUAUUCGAUAUUUGGAAAGAAUCGCUAACUGCGGAUUAUCGAUUGGUGACAAUCCCACUUUUCAUGCGCGACACCCUCCAGGAGAAGAUAAUUCCCGAGAUAGACAUCACCAACCCAAUUGAGUCAUUCUACACACACAGGCCUCAUCAAAAAACUGUGGUCGCGCUGACAUUGCGCCUGAUCUCAAAGACAAGUUCCCAAAUAAACGAAAAUCCUCAGAUAUUUGGCAAAAGUAUUAAGGAGACAAUCACGCGUGAAGGGACGAUGAUUCCUCUCAUCGUUACCUGUUGCAUCAGGGAAAUCGAGAAAAGAGGACUGGACCAGGAAAUGUUAUACAUUUCGAAGGGGAGCACGUUAAAUGUGUGUCGCCUGUAUCAAACAUUUGAAAAUUGUUCCAAUGCAGCCGUUGAACUCAUCCAAAACCGGAAAUACACAGUACAUGACAUUUCGCAAUUACUACUGUGGUACAUCAAGACAUUGCCGAUAUCAUUAUUACAGUGUCCAGAUUCAUUCAUCCUCCUACACGAUAUAUACAAUGAAACUAGAAAAGAGAUAGCCCUCAGGUCAUUGAUUUUCCAAUUACCUAUGGAAGAACGUCGUGUGUUAUUCUGUCUUUUGGAUCAUUUCGUUAAAGUUUGUAGACACAUAGGAAACAAAAUAACACCCUCAGCAGUGGGACGGAUACUCUGUUCUGUAUUUUAUGACUUAGAAGGUUCAGAAAAAACAAUAGAGUACCUACAACAGCAGAAGAAGUUUAUCAGUGUAAUGGAAUACAUUGUUUACUUGAGAUUGGAAGGAAUCAGUCUUUACACAAAUUUAUAACGAAUGAAUAAAGGAAAAAAAAAACUGAAACAAAACAGAAUAAUAAAAGAGCAAAACUAAGUUGCUAAA